AUGGAACUAAUCAAAAAUCUAUUAUCUGUUGGUGAAGCUGCGUCAACAAUGGAAUGUUUCAGACCGGAAAAUGGUCAAAUUCAGUAUGAACAAUAUUAUGCUUCAGCAAAUGAUCAAUCACGUGUUCGUCGUCUUCCACGAUUAAUGACAUUUCAGACAAGUCUUAACUCCUUUGGAGAUCAACCGUCGUACCGAUGUAAAAUGUAUGUUGGAUUUAGCAGUCAGUUCAAAGAUUGCACUUAUCCUCGUUUACUUUCUACUCUAACUGGACAACCAACAACUGACGAUCCAUUAACAAAUGUUGUUGGUGUUUAUGCUCCUUGGGUUACAUUAAAUAAUUAUAAAUAUAACACUAAAGUUUUACCAGGUAGUUUUGAUGUUCAAGCUGCAUCAUAA